AUGUCUGUAUAUACAACGGAUCACGAUGAAGAUAAUCCAUUUGAUAAUCCUCCAUCAGAUGAAGAAAAUGAAAGUGAAUUAGUUGAACUGCAAGCUGAGGAUUUUGCUGAUUAUGUUCAACGUUUGGAUACAGUACAAAAUGAACAAUUACAAAAAGAAGAACAAAAAAUUAUUCAAUUGUGGAAAGCACGAAAUAGUGUAUUAUCUCAAUUAGAGUCUACAAAACAACCAAUAUCAUUACAAACUAACGAUAAUAUAUCAAUAUCAGAAGUUGAAUCUCAUUAUGAUGAUAAUGAAUCAAUUAUAUCACAACAAACAAAUUAUUCAAAAUGUUCAGAAAAAGAUCAAUCAAAAAGUUCAUCUUUUAGUUUUUCAACACGUUUACGUAAUAAACAAUCAUGUAUAAUAUCACCGCUACCACCACCAACAUCAUCAUUUGUUAAUCGAAAUAUUAAUAAUCGAAAUGGAUAUGCAUCAUCUGUUACAUCUAAUGAUCAAUAUGAUGAUCGAAGUUCUGGAGUAGGUAGUUUAACAUUAAGUCCAGUUCCAAGUCCUGUUAUGUGGCGUUCAGAAAAAGUUCUUGGUCGAGGUUCAUGUUCAUCAUCAAUUGAUUAUGAUCAUAUAAAUAUUGGAGAAGCACGUCUUGUUAAACCAUAUAAUCGUACUAAUACUUGCUCAGAAAGUGAUAUAUUUAAAGAUGUUAAUAAGUCAAAGGAGAAUGGAUUUUUUGCAAAUAUUCGUGCACGUAUGGAAGCAACAGCAGCAUCUACGAAUUCAAGUGAUACUCCAAUAAGUUUUGAUGAUCAAUAUAUAAAUGUACCAUUAUUAUCAAAUGCAAAAAAAAGUCAUUUUGAUUAUGAUGAAGAAUUUGAUUAUCAUCAAACAUAUAUUUUACCAAAAUUAAUUCAAGAAGAAAAAGAAAGACGAACACAAGAAACAACAAUUGAUUUUUCAUUUAAAAUUGGUUUAGAUGAACCAAUAAGUAAUACAGAUAUGGAUGGAACUGUUAUUGAAGAUGAACCAUAUUUAUCAAUUAUUGUUGAUAAUAAUAAUAAUGGUUUAAAACGUGUUUGUUCAAUAUUUGAUCAACAUCAACUUAUUUAUAAUCGAGAAAAUAUUUUACAUGAUCAAUGGUAUUACGGUCUUAUAUCAUAUACAUUUCUUCUUAAACAAUCAGUUAAAAUGGUUAAUUCAUCAGUUAUGAAAUUAUUACAACAACAAUUAAAACAUAGUGAUACAUUCUGGCUUUCAAAUGGUUUAAAAAAACGACCAAUAUUUAAUGAUUCUUUUUUUAAUAUUGAUGAAACAUCGUCAAUGCCAUCCAAUGGUAUCAAAUCUACAUCUACUGUAAAUUGCCAAACAACAGGAGCUCUUGUUGAAACUGAAUCAUCUGAUAUUGCAGCAACACGUUUGAAUAAAUAUCGUCAAUUAGCUCGGUGUUUUUUUUAUAUUAAUUGUCAAAUGGAGUGGGCAUCAGGUGCAUUAAUAGCCAUGAAUUUAUUUUCAGCAUAUGAAAAAUUAUCUAAACAACCACAUGAAAAAUGGGAAUUACGUUUUCGUGAAGAUUUUGUUGAUUUUAUUUAUCAACCAAAAGGAAAAGCAAAUCAAAAUUGUGAAUAUAUUAAACGAUUGCAAGCAAAUUUUAUUGACAAAAGUGUUAUUAUAACAACAAAUAGUGAUGGUUUUGUUCUAUAUAUUCAAAUGAAAGGCAAUAUUAUUGAAUUAAUUAAUCAUGAACCAUGGUGGGUAGCACGAAAACAUCGUGAGCAAAAUAAACCUGUAAUGUCACCACGUCAAGCUAUUCAACGUCAAGCAAAUGGUGAUAAGCCUCUUCCAUUUUGUUCAACUAUUCGUGUAUCUAUAAAAGUUUCACGAGUAAAAGAUAGUUCACAAAGAAAAAAUGAUCGUCGAUAUAAAAAUCAAACUAUUGAUGAAUAUGAAUUUCUUAUGGAUCGUAUACUUAUUAAUAAUAUUCGUGUAGCAUUUCGUGAAUUUCUUGCUUUUUUCUAUCGUCAUCGUAUACAAAUAUGUUUUGCUGGUUCAAUAACUGAUUUAUCAUUUAAAUUAUCAUCAUGUCGUAUUGAACAACCUAUAUUUAAUACAUUUAUAAAAAAUUAUUCAUGGCAAAUGUUAAUAUCACUUGGAUAUCGUUUUCAACAACAAGUUACACAAAAAUUUAUUGAUUAUUUUAAAACAAUUGAAACAGAUGAUGAAUUUUAUCAAAUAGCACUUUAUAUUUGGCGUCGAGCUAAAGAAUAUCAUUUUGUUAAUACAUAUGAAGAACUUAUGAAAUAUUCUGAACGUCAAAAAGAAAAUGGUCAAGAAAAACGAGCAUCAUCAUCACAUGUUUCUUUAUUGAUGAAUCAAUCUCGAAAUAGGGCUCAUACACCAUCAGUAACUAUAACACCAACAACUAUUUGUGUUAAACCAUUCAAAUUAGCUAAAACAAAUCGAGUUAUACGUGAACCAAAAUUUGGUUGUGUUUUCAACUUUUGUUUAGUUGAAGUAAGAGAAGAAACAGGUGAACAAUUACAAGCAAAUUAUUUUGGUACUCUACGUUCAAAAUUUGAUGAUUAUCUUAAAUAUGGUUUUCAAUUAACAAAUGAUCGAGUUUAUCGACAUCUUCAUCAUUCACAGUCACAAUUAAAAGAUAAACAAUAUUGGUUUUAUUGGCAUGAUGAAAUAAAUAAAACCAAUUUAUCAUUUGAUGAAGCUUAUAAAUGGAUGGGAGAUUUUGGAAAUGAACGUGUUGUUGCUAAACAAUCAGCACGUAUAGCUCAAUGUUUUACAAGUUCCGAAGCAACAAUACGAGUUCCACAGGAAAAAACAGAAAUAAUUGAUGAUAUUGAAAGAAAUGGUUAUAUAUUUACUGAUGGUGUUGGAACAUUUUCAUCAAGACUUCGAGAUGAAAUUUGUUAUAAAAUGGGUUUUCGACGUAAAUUUAGUGUUAUGCAAAUUCGUUAUGGAGGUUGUAAAGGAACUGUAUCAGUUAAUCCUGAUUUAGAUUAUACUGAAAAACAAUUAAUUUUAAGAAAAUCUAUGCAUAAAUUUAUUUCAACACAUGAUACACUUGAAUUAUGCAAGGUAUCAGCACCACCAAAUAUAUUUAUCGCGAUUUAUAAAUAUAAAAAUUAUAUUAAAAAUCUAGGUCCUAUUCAUCUAAAUCGUCAAGUUAUAGCAUUACUUGAAUCUCGUCAUAUUCCACAUUCAACAUUUCUUCUUCUACAAAAUCAACAUUUAUUAUCACUUGUUGAAUCAUUACUUUAUUUACCAUCAACAUAUGAAUUACUUCAUGAACAUCUUCUACCACAUCUCCAAUUACGUGAUCUUAUACUUACGGCACAAAUUGAUCUUAUUCACGAACCAUUUUUUCGUCAAUUAAUUACAACUAUGUGUAAACAUGAAAUCAAACGUAUUCAAGAUAAAACACGUAUACAAAUUUCACAAAAUUCAGGCCGAAAUAUGUUUGGUAUUGUUGAUGAAACUGCUACACUUCAAUAUGGUCAAGUAUUUUGUCAAUAUACAGUAUUAGGUACUGAACGAUUAGAUGAUUUAACUGGACGUAAUGGUACUCGUGGUUAUAAUCAAGAAGAAAUAAAAAAAGUUGUUGUUGGUAAAAUAGUUGUGACAAAAAAUCCAUGUCAUCAUCCGGGUGAUUUAAGAACAUUCGAAGCUGUUGAUGUGCCAAAAUUAAGACAUCUUGUUGAUUGUAUAGUCUUUCCUCAACUAGGUGAACGACCACAUCCAAAUGAAAUAUCAGGAUCUGAUUUAGAUGGUGAUGAAUAUGCUGUUUAUUGGCAUCCUGAUUUAAUUCCAACAACAGACAAUUUUCCACCAUAUGAAUAUGAUUCACAAGAAAAACCACAAAAACUUGAUCGACCCGUAACACGUGAUGAUAUUCGUCGAAUUGUUCUUGAAAUAUCUGAACAAGAUGCACUUGGUCGUUUAUCUAAUCUUCAUUUAGCAUAUACAGAUAAAUAUAAUAUUCGUCAUCGUGAUGCUAUGUUAAUAGCAGCUGCUAUUGCUGAAGAAGUUGAUGCUGCUAAAACCGGCAAACAUCCAUUAACAGAAAAUCAAAUAGCUGAAUUGGCUUGUAAACUUAAUAAUGAACGAGCAGAUUUUUUUAAUCGACCAAAACAAUAUGAUUUAUAUGCAUCAUCAAAUGCAAUUGGUAUAUUAUUUCGUGCUAUACGUCGUUCAGAACCUGGUUGGCUUAAAAUAAAUCGUUGUUUACAUACAAAAACAACAAUUGGUCUUAUUCAAUCAUCACAUGUAAGUGCACAUGUUCAAAUUGAUCCAUUAUUAGUUCAUCCAUUAGCACAUUCAUAUCAUGAUGAAGCUGAAUAUUUAUUUAAAAUUUAUCAUGAUCAAAUAAGUGAUAUAAUGUAUGUAUAUCAUUUUCAUUCUGAAGUUGAUCUUAUAUGUAAAUUUGAUUCACAACAACAAAUAAUGUCAAAACAACUUGAUAUAGCUGAUUCAGCACAAGUUGAAUUAACACGUUUAAUGAAUCAUAUAAGAAAUUUAUUUAAUAAUUGUGAAUUAAGAACUCAUCAUCAAUUAAAAUGUUCAUGUGAAAAGUGUGAUGAACAACGUAUGGCAUGUGCAUCAGCUUGUUAUAUUGUUACAUAUGAACAACCAUAUACGAAAAAAAUUCUUUCAUUUGCAUGGUUAUUUGCAUCAUGGUUAGUUAAAUUAAGACGUGCUAAUUUAGAAAAACAAAAUUUAUCAUAUUUACCUUCAAAUUAUUUUCUUGUUGGUCAAGCAUUAUUUCGUUCAUUUUUAUUAUUAAUUGAAAAUCAAUCACUUCGUUUUGUUGUUGAUUUUAAUUCAAGCUUAAAUAAAGAUUCAUGUUUACUUCAACUUAAUAAUGAUAAUCGAAUAAAAAAAUCUAUUUAUAUUCGUGUUCAUCUUAUGGAAUGGGCUAUGCUUGAAAUAGUAACAGGAUGGUUAGAUAGACAAGAAAUUUUUUCAACAUGGAAACAUUCAUCAAAAACAGCCAUGAGACCAAUUGUAUUAAUACGUACAUGGAAACAUAUUACAACUCAAUUUAUAUUUGCUCAAUAUCAACCAAAAACUUGUUCGGAACUGUUAUUAUUACAAAAUAGAUUUCUAUCGAAACAACAAUUAACAAUAACGAAUGAUAAAGGAACAACAGUUAAUUUGACAUUGCCUAAAUUUGCUUCAUCACCACCUAUUUCAUCGUUUCCAACAGUUUCCAGUUGGUGGUCAGAUGAAAUGGCAUGUAAAUUUUAUAAAUUAUUUUUAAAGUUAACAGCCCAAUGUUCCCGAAUACAUAUAUUAAGUGAUUCAUCACAACGAAUGGAUUUGGCUCAUCUUAAUGAAUAUUUAACACUUGGAUUACUUUCUAUUGCUGCUGAAAAUGAAUUUGGCAAUGUAACAUGGCAGUAA